AUGAAUGAAAAUAUAAAAAGUCACAAUUAUUUGAAAGAAAAAAAUGUAUUAAACAAAAAUACAAGCAACUUAGUCAAUGAUGACAUAUUAAAAUUUAACACAAAUAUAAAAAAAAAUAACAAUGUAGAAAGAUUUUAUCAUGAUCAAAUAAGUGAUUCUAAUAACAUGUAUAAUAAAAAUGGACACCACAUUAAUAAAAGUGUCGGAGCAGAAACAAAUAUAUCAGGAAAUAAAUCAACUAAUCUAGUAAAUAUUAAAAAUAAUAAUCAACGAUUCUUUUCAAAAAGUGAAAAUGAAAACUAUGUAAUUCGGAAUACAGACAUGAGGAAGGAUAAUUAUACUACUAACAUUAUUAAGGGUAAAGAUAAUGAUACUGUAAACAAUAGGAAAAAUGAUAAUAUAAACAAUAAUGAAUAUCAUUAUUUUAAAAACAGUGAUGAUAAACUAAUAAAAAAUAUAAACAUGUCAAGAUAUGCAGAUCAAAAUAUAUUAAGAGAUAAUAAUAAUAAUUGGAAUACCAAUCGUAAUGAUAUUGAAAAAGACAAUAACAUCAACAAUAAUGAAUACUAUUCUUAUAAUUGUAAAAAUAUGAAAAAAGUUAAAGAGGCUAAUAAUAGUUUAGACUCCUUUUAUAAAAGAAAAAGAGAAAUGGAAGAAGAAACUUAUGAAAAAAAACGAACCAAUCAUUCUCUUAAUAAAGAUUAUUAUUAUAACACUUAUAAAAAAAUAGAUAUAAAUGAUUCACGUAUGAAUAUAAAAUAUAUGCACAUUAAGGAUAUGUCUGAAGAUAUUUCAAAAAUUAAGAAUUUACAAAAUGAUAUAAUGAAUGUAAAAAAUAUGGAAAAGACAAGAAGUAGGGCCCAUAAUAUAUCUGAUUCGGAAAAAAGUUUGUAUAGCAUUAUAAAUCAAAAUAGUAGCAAUAGUGCAAAAGCUCAUAAUCCUCAUUCAUAUAAUACAAAUGAAAAUUGUAAUUAUGAUUAUAAAAUAGUAAACAAUUCUGAAAACCCUUAUUUGGAAGCUGAUGAAAAUGUUAUAUCUCGUUCAUGUAAAAUAGAAGAAGAAAAGAUAAAUAAUAAUGACAAUUUUAUUCGGCGUAAUUUUAUGUAUGAUAGCAAAUUGGCGACACAAAUAAAUGGGACUAAAAGUAACAAAUUUGAGGAAAAAUUUUUAACUGAUGUAAAAGGUAAAUAUUACAAUGAAGAGAAAGGGAAUAAUUUUUAUGACAAUGAAUUUAAACAAGAUAAAUAUGAUUUGAUGUCUUGUUCUUAUAAUGAACAAGACCAAUCUAUGAAUGAUUAUAAUAGUAAUACUGAUUUUGUUAAAAAUAAUGAGACAUUAAAUAAAUUGAUAGACGCAAAUAAAAAUCAUCAAUAUUAUAAAGAUAAAAGUGAAGAACAAUAUGGUAUGCAUACUAUUUUAAAUAAAGAGGAUAAUAAUAAUCAUGAAAAUAGAGAAUUAUUAUAUAAUGAUGUGAAAGAUGGAAGUGAAAUUGAAUCUAAUGAUGCUGUUUUAAAUGAUAUAAAAAUAGAUGUUUCUAAACCUAUAGAUACUAAAAAUACAAUUAGUCUAUCUCAAGAGGAGUCAAAUAUUAUUUAUAAGAAUAAUAAUGACAAUGAAGAUGCAAAAAAGGAUAAUUUGGAAUAUGACUUAUCUUCUAACAAUGGUAAAAAUCAAAGCGAUGGAGUAAAAAAAAUUGGAAAUUUGAACGAUACUAUAAAUACAUAUAAACAUAAAUUAGUAGAUAACACAAAUAAUGUUUUGAAUAAAGGUCAAAAUAAAAAUGAUGAAGAUGGUGAUAAUUUACUAAAUAAGAAAGGCAUUGAAAAUAAAAAUAAUUUAAUAAAAAAAAGCAAAUAUAAUGAAUCAAUAAGUAAAAGAUUAUUUUCUACUCAUACAUUAUCCUCUAAUAAUAAAUGUGUGUCUAAUGCUAAUUAUUUAAAAAAUAACGUAAAGACAGGAAUAAAGAAUAGUUUCAAAGAAACAAAUAAAAAGGACAAUUUGGAUCGUCAUAAAGUUUCCGGAGUUAGCAGAAUCAAUACAAACUUGGAUAAAAUAAAUAGUAAGAUAUCACGAAAUAAUGGGAUAACAAAAAAUAACAUUCAAAAAAUUUCUAGUUCUAAUAUGCAUACAAAUUUAAGUAAUAUUCAGUCCAAGAAAAAAACAAUAGAUAAUACAGUAAAUAGUAAUUAUAAGCAUAGUGCAAAUAAGAAUAAAGAAUUAGAAGAUAAUAACGAAAAAGUAAAAAAAAAACAAAAAAUAGAAUAUAAUAAAACAUAUAAUACAUCAUUCUUGGAAAGAAUGAAAAAAAAAAAUCCUAACGAGAAUGCAGAUGAGAAUAAAAAUGUAUUUAAUCAAAAAACGUUUCAAAACCGUAACAAUCUAAAUUUUGAAAAAAGUAAAACAAAAUCCUUCUUGUCUAAUAAUAAAAAUGUUUCUAAUAAUGGAUAUAAUAAAAAUGGAUUACAAGGGGAAAGUUCUAUUAAUAGUAAAACGGAAGAAAAAAAGGAGGUUCCAUUAUACAAGCGAAAUGGUGGCAGUGAAGUUUUACGUGAAAAUGUGGCAGGCAUAAAGGAAUCAAAUAUAGAUAGUAAUAGCAAAGGCAAUACUAUUAAUAGUAAUAAUAUGACAAAGACCACCAUUUUAAAUAGAGAAAGAGUAAAUAAUAACAAGGGGAUUCAUACACUACCCUCAAGUAACAGUACCCAAAAAAGCACAAAAAAUACUUUGCUUGUAAAAAGACAAAAUAAUAAUUAUAUGAAGUAUGGAUCUAAAGUUAAAGAAGUAGAAGAUAAUAAAUUAAGAAUGAAAAGUUUAGUAAAUAAUAAAUAUGUAACUAAAUGGAAUAGUAAUAAAACUAGUUCUUCCUCUAAUGUUACUAAUAAUGUUAUGGAUAAAAAAAAUAAUAUGAUUGUAAAAAAAGAUGAAAUAAAUAAAAAAAAAAGAGAAAUAUUCAACCAAGUAGCCAAAAUUAAUACCAAUAUAAAUCCUGUUGUAGAAAAUAAACAGAUUAAUCCACAAACAAAAAAUCAAUAUAACAAAAUAAUAAAUAAGGAUCAAAACAGUACGAAAAGUUCAAACAAUUACAAUAAUAAAAAGUGCACACCUAACAAUAACAUAAAUCAAAAUCCCCAUAACACACGUAAGCCAAAUGAAAAUAAUGCCAAUAGAAAUUGUAAUAAGAAAAAGAAUAAUAACAGCAAUAAUAAUAAAGAUAUUAUAAGCAAAGAAAUGGAAAAAUAUAAAUAUUUGAUGAAAAAAAAUAAAAUAAAAAGUAAUUCGAUUCCUCCUGGAAAUCAGAAAGAAAUAGAAAAAAAUGCAAAUAAAUAUGAUUGUCGAAAUAAUUAUAGAAGUAGGGAUGACUAUGGUUGUGAUAAUAAGUAUGGAAGAUUAAGUAAAAAUGGACAAAUUCAUUAUGACAAUAUGUUAUUUUUAAAAGAUAAAAAAGGGCAUUGUGAAAGUGAUAGUGAAUACCCUUAUACUGUACAGGAGGCACAUAACCAAAGUUGUUACAUUAACAUUAACACAUAUAAUAAUGAUAGUAAAAAUGAUGAGUCUUUGAAAUAUUUGAAGAAUAAGGAUGAAAAAGGGUCUAAAAAUGUUAAUACAAGUAAUUCUCUUAAUAAUGGUGAUGAACAAAAAGAGUUGUCUUAUUUUGAGUGGCUAGCUAAAGAGCAGGAGAGGAAAGAAAAUGAAAUGGGCAAGAAGAAAAAAAUAAAUAAACAAGACAAAUUACAUCACGAGCAGACAGAAAAGGAAAAGAAUGAAGAUGGCACAUUAAAUAAUAUUAAUAAUGAUGCAAAUUAUGAUAAAGUGGGAGACAAUGAAAACGAAGAAGGCUAUGAAGAAGAGGAUAGCGAAGAUGAUGAAGAAAGUGAUACUAAUGCAAUGUUACAACCAUUACUUGCUUUUAAUUUGAAACAAAAUGAAAGAUCUUAUGAACAAAACGAUUUUAUAGUUGAUAAACAUCCAAUAGGAAAUGGAAGAACAGGAUUAGUAUUUAAAGCUAUUAUAAGAAAAGAGAAUUUACAAGUUGCAUUAAAAGUAAUGGCAAAAGAAACAAUUUUAUCACUAAAAAUAGAAAGACAAGUAUUAAAAGAAAUAAUUAUACAAUCAAGUUUAAAACAUAUAAAUAUAUUAGAUUUAAUAGCUUAUUUUGAAGAUAAAACUCGUUUAUUUUUAGUAUUAGAAAUAGCUAAUGGUGGAUCUAUAAGAAAUAAAAUGAAACUAAAACAUGAUACAUUUAAAGAAGAACAAGUAGCAUUAUAUGUUUAUCAAAUAGCUGAUGCGUUAUCUUAUUUACAUAAUUUUAAUAUUAUACAUAGAGAUUUAAAACCUGAUAAUAUAUUAAUUCAUUAUUCUGAUAGCGAUGUAUAUAGUGAUGAACAUGCUAGUAAAAUAUAUAAAUAUGGUAUUAUUAAAAUAGCUGAUUUUGGUUUUUCUUGUCAAUUAAAAAAUAAAAGACAAAAAAGAAGUACCUUUUGUGGAACUGUAGAUUAUAUGCCUCCAGAAAUUAUUAACCAAAUACCAUAUGAUUGCAAUGCUGAUCUUUGGUGCUUAGGCAUCGUGAUUUUUGAGCUCCUCGUUGGUUUUCCCCCCUUCACAGACAAUUCGCAGGAAAGAGUAUUUGAGCAAAUUAAGGAGUUUGAUUUUCACUUUCCCAAAACUGUUUCGCAAUUGGCCCGCGAAUUAAUAUUGAGGCUUUGCAGCCGAAGCUCUGAAGAGCGCAUUUCUGCCGAAGAAGUCAAGUCCCAUCCUUGGAUAAAACAAUUCUUAUAA